AUGACUCAGCUAUGGGACCUGGGCUCUACACCGCCUCCUUAUAUUAAAAAAAUAUUAUUUUUAACUUUGAAAGUGGAACAAGCCUCUGAAUUUGCCGUUUCUGAGGCUUUUUCCUUAAAAAGGAAACCUUACUCUCAAAGGCUUAAUGUCCCGGUGCUGGAUUUGGAGACAGCAGAGCAGCUACAAGAGCAUGAUGAGGCAUAUGCGGAAGCUCAAGAACUGCUCAGCGAUUGGAUGGAUUCAAAACUGAAAUUGGAACUGGCAUCUGAUCAAGAAGAUGAUGCUGAGAAUCCUGCAGCUGGCUCUGUUCCUCCCCAGGGCCCCCCUACUGGCUUUCAAAAGUAUGACAAGUUUGAUGAUCUGUAUGAUUACUUGGAACAAGAAACAGAAAAUACUACAGUGCAAGUUUUUUUGCAGCAUUUACUGCAAAGUGAAGUAGUGGACAGUGGGAUAUUGGAAGACCUUAGAACUGAAACUGACAAGGAGAAGAGGAAGCACAGGGACCCCCGAAUUACCAUGGAGCUAAGGCAUAAGCAGGUAAAAGAAAAUCGCCUGAAGCGCCAGAAGGCCCUAGAGCUUGUGAAACAAGAGAAGGCCCUGAAAAAAGCUGCCUUGUCAGAGGCCCAGAAGCAACUGCAGAAGGCGAACAAGAAAAAGUUCCUGAAAGACAGAAAGGAAGAAGAGGAAAUCCAAAGGCAGAUGGUAAAGCUGCGGAAGGAGAUGGUAGAAAAAAGGCUCCUCAUGCAACAAGCACAGGAAAUGGAAAGAAGAAGGCACAAGUUAAAAAAAAUUCAGAGGCUGGUAGAAGCUGGCCUCCCUCCUACUUUGCCAGCCCCGAUAGACUAUGAGAAAGAAAGACAAAGGAAAGAGAAAGAAGCCAUGCUGCGGGAGCUACUGAACAAGACUGACACCGCAAAUCACAAGUGCCUGCAACAGUAUUUCUCUGCCUGGUAUAAGCUUAUUCUGGAUCUCAAGAUCAAGCUAGGGAAAGCCCGGGCUCUUGCAGACUGGAAGUGCCAGCAGAAGGUCUUGCGAGCCUGGAGAGAUUACACGUGGUCUCAGAAGAUGGAGCAGGAGGCUCAGGAAAUGGAGAGUCAGCUGCGGGAUCAAAACAGGAAAAAACAGUUGGCAACAGAGUUUAAUCGGAAAUGCAUUUUGCGCCGUCACUUUGCUGAAUGGCAGUGUUGGAGUCGAAUGGAAAUUGAAAAGAGAGAGCUGCAGCAGAAAAGGGAGGAAACAAGGAGGAAAAUGGCAAAGCUCCUGGAGGAGGUGGCCCUGGAGAAAAAUCCUGCCCACUGCCCGUGGAAUGCUGGAGAGACAGAAGCAGCUCAGGAUCAGUCUUUGAGUCACGGAGAGGUGGCUGAAAUACUCCUUUUAGAGAAGGAGCCCCCAGAUGCAAAAGUGGAAAGAACAAAUGCCUGCUCUCCAAAGACUGGCCAGAAAUGCAAUAUUCCUCCACCAAAGCCCAAAUGGGCAUGGCAGGUCACCCGGAAGCAUGCUGCUUUGAGUGCACACGACCAAGUCAUGUUUGAUGGCCUAACAAGAAGUUCCAUACAGCAUCUUGGUACUCCAAGCCCGAAAGUGGCACCUGGCUGGUUGGGCCCCUUUGAGCACCGCCAUGCCUUCCAACAGCAGCUGAUUGAAGAACAGCGACGGCAACUUAAAGAACAGCAAGGGCUGAUCCUUGAGCUCCAGGGAAAUCAGAGUCUGAAGAAGGCCCAGGAAGAUGCCAGGGAAGCCACAGCUGUUUCCAGGGCAUUUGGCAAUCCUGCUCCGAGAGGAGGAAAGCAGUUAAGAGAAAAUCAGACAGAUUACAAGAAUACCAGACCUUCAAGGUCAGACGAUCACCAACUGGCUGCUAAAAACAGGAAGAAUCUGAAGGUGUCAUCCUCUGCUCAUCCUUUACUCAAAGCUAUGGAAGAGAGAGCGAUCCAGAGAGCAGAACGGAGGAAGGAACUGGAAGAAGCAAAGAAGAAGCGUGAAGAAGAGAGGCUAGCCCUGCUGCAGGCUGAAGAGGAGGAACGUCAGAGGCAAGAAGCUGCAGAAAAAGAGGCUCAGCUAGAGAAGAGGCGGGAGGAGAGGAGACUGCAGAAAAUGAAAGAACUAGAAAAGCAGAAAAGGCUGGAGAGGGAGCAGCAGCUCCUAUCGAAAGCGGAGGAGCAUUAUGUUAUGGUUCUGCUCAAAUAUUGGGGGCUGGAGCCCUGGAAAAGAUUGAUGGAGCAAAUGCGGCAAAAUAUGGCGGUGGCAGAAAGGCAUCACUGCCUGGAAUUGCAGAGAAAGUGCCUGGUCUCCUGGCUUCAGCACACACGGGAAACUCUUGCUAGGAAAACAGCUCAGGCUGAGGAGCUCUGUUCUUGCCUAUUACUGAAAAGGUGCUUGAGGAGCUGGAUAAAGUACAAGGAUUAUGCAUCUGCUUUGGAAGAAAAUGCAAACAAAUUCCAUGAGACUUCACUUAAGAAGACUGCCUUUGGGGCUUGGUUAGAUAUGUUUAAUAAAGAGAAACAUGCCUUGUGGGAGAAACAGAAGACUGCAGACCAAUACAAUGACAGGAGAAUAACACUGAUUGCAUUCAGGGCCUGGCGGCAGUUCCCAGUGUUGAUGAAAGAGGAAAGGGAGAAAGAAGAAAGACUACAACAGUUAAGGAAGAGAGUCACUGAAAUUCUCCCAGACUUCCUCACAUAACUGAGUGGCCCUGAGGGCGGCUUGAGUUGGAUGAGAAUGGAGUUCAUGUGUAUCAUGCCUUUCUCUGGUUGAGAACAAAUCCAUGGAGAUGUUCCAGGAAAUGCUAGACCUCCGUGCCUCUCAUUUGGUCUCUCUCCACUGCAGCAACAGCUUUGCUUCCCAGGAAAAUGUCAUAUUGAACUUCCAACAAUCAAAACCGCACGAAGGUCACCGUUUCAUUUUCAGCCUAUCUGCCACAGUGGUCUGCUUCCUAUACACAAAUGUGAACCUGCUAUCACACCCUUUACACACACAUGCAGCUGCAUGAAGGAUUACUUCUGUAGUGCUGUCUCAUACGACUGGAGUAAAGGUGUGAAUACCACCAUCCUAUAAAUAGCCAGUCACAAGGGAAGAUACACAAUUGGACUCGCCCCAUGGAUAGACUAUUCACCCGUGCGCUCCUCUGUUGUGGGACUGCCCCAAUGGGAAGUGGAUUCCUUAUUGCUGUAUGUGUAAAGCACAAGGGAAACGUAACACCAAUUUGACCUGACAUGACACCAGAAGACUGACAGCUUGUAUCUUAUCUGUUGCGAUAACUGCAUUCCCUUAGCUAUGAGGCUGCCACCUUGCAGAUUUACCUGCCUAAAGCUGAAACUUCCGUUUUGGUUGCAGGCCUCGCUUAUACUCUGGGCUUGAUAUCUGCAAUAAAGUUCUUGG